GCCAGAAAACAAUGGUCAAAAUGUUCGAAUGAAGAACGGCCCGUGUCUAAUUCCCCAUCCUUAUUUUUCUCUCUAAUCUGAUCCUCUUCCUACCUACCUUAGUUCUUAUCGCUCCAAAAGACAUUCUAAUCAUAUGGGCUUCUCUCCAGUUCUUUAAUAUUACAUGACCAAUUUCAGCUGGCGUGACGAUGGCUGGGAAUAUUUCCCCCAGUUCUUUAAUCCUUAGUAACUCUGUCUCUUUCCCUCUUGUAAUUUUCUACUCCCUCCCUUAAAAAUUCAAUGCCGGGUUUUGUAGAAUGGUCAUGGCGGCUCAGUUAGGUGCACACCAGAACCAAACUUCAUAUGGCAUCCUCGUCUUCUCAUAUUUAUGUUCUCCCUGCUUCUGAUUCUUUCUACAAGUAAGCAAAUCGAAAGAUGAAAUUCUGCCAGGGAGUUUUCCUGGAGGAACAGAACGAGACCAGCUAUCAAAUGCUCAGUAGCUCAGGGAGCUCGCUGGAAGAAAAAGCUUGCCGAUGCAAAAGGUUGCUAACAAAGUUGAAGCCCAAAUGCCAAUCAAGAGUUGAUGGACGGAAGCAGCAAUAUGCAGACAUGGCGGUGAUUUUGGGGAUAGACCAGGGAACUGGUCUCCGGAGGAAGAUAGUGUUGAGAAGACAUUGUUCAGGGUUGAAGUUGGCUACAAGGCUAAAACUGUAUCUUGACCAGAAGCAAAAUGAAGACAGCAAAACCAAGUUCCUUGUGGCUCAAGGCUCAGAAGAACAUGAAUCAAAGGAACAUUGUUGUGGUGAUGAACCUCCAAGGAAGAAAGCUCCAGAGAGGACAACCUCCACAAUCAAAAGAGAGCUUCCGGGGUCCCCAUUUGGCUGGCCGCUUCACAGGAGAAAACUGCCUCAGAAGCAAGCGAGUUUGAGGAAAUGUAGCAGCAUCAGUGAAUCCUCUUCUUCUUCAUCAUCUUGGUCCACUUUAGUUUCUGCAUUUUCGAGACAGUCGUCGGCUAGAAGGAAGCCUCCUGCAUCAGAAUUCUGGGAGGAAUCUGGAACUGAUGAGGAAAGGAUCCAGAAGUCAAAAGUUGACUUUAACUACAGAGGAUGUAUCUGUUCUAAUCAUAAUGAUGAUGACGACGAGAUCAACAGCGUUCUCAGUUUGAAAUCCUCUGAAUGCAAACUGUUUAGCCAUGGAGAGCUGAAGAAAGCCACUCGAGAUUUCUCUUCGACGAACUUGGUCGGAGAGGGAGGCUGCAGCAGCGUGUACAAAGGCUGCUUUCCUGAUGGGAAUUCAGUUGCAGUGAAAGUUCUCAAGCAUUACAAGGAAGCUUGGAAUGACUUCUCAUUAGAAGUUGAAAUCAUGUCUUCAGUAAAGCAUCGAAAUAUCACCCCUCUCAUUGGUGUCUGCAUUGAAGAAGGCUCUCUAAUCUUGGUCUAUGAUUUCUUGUCCAAUGGCAGCUUGGAGGAAAGCCUGCAAGAUGAUGGUGAGAAGGCUGUAUUGCCUUGGGAUGUGAGGUUCAGAGUGGCUGUUGAAGUUGCUGAAGCUCUGAGUUACUUGCAUAGAGAAUGUCCUAGGCCAGUCAUCCACAGAGAUGUCAAGUCUUCCAAUAUUCUCCUGUCCAGUGAUCUUCAGCCACAGUUAUCAGAUUUUGGGCUUGCCAUAUGGGGCCCAACAAAAUCAGCCCACAUGACAAACAAAGACCUUGUGGGAACCUUUGGCUACAUAGCUCCAGAGUACUUCAUGCAUGGGAGGGUGAGUGAGAAAGUAGACGUCUACUCAUUUGGUAUAGUUCUGCUCGAACUGGUCUCGGGAAGGAAAGCAAUUAUCACAAAAGAUUGCUCAAAGUCACAGGAGAGCUUAGUCAAAUGGGCGAUUCCAUUGAUGGAAAGUGGGAAUCACAGAGGGUUACUUGAUCCAAGGUUAAUGAGUGAGCAAGUGGACGACUCCCAAUUGGGUAGAAUGGUUUUGGCAGCCAGUCUUUGCACCAAAGCCUCAGCUAGAUUGCGUCCAACAUCAAGCCAGAUCAUUGAACUUUUGAAAGAAGAGAAAUGCGAAAAAGAAUGGACAAGUUCCUACGUCAACUAUUUAAUAGAGACGAGUAAUGAAGAGGAAGGUGAUGAUGAAAGUCUUCCCAAACGUGAUUACAAGUCUUCUUUGCACACUUCAUGGCUGAACUUAGGCUUGGAAGAUGAGUUAGAAAGCAACAGGAUCAUUGUCCAGCCAAGGAAAAAACUGAAGGACUACUUAAAAGAAGAGCAAUUUUAAUAAUUGUUACUAAACUUCAAGUCUUCAACCACACAUCUAAUUUUUAGAAGAAAUUCAAUAUUACCCUAUAAAUUUUGUUCCAAUGU